AUGAGUACUAAAAAAUUUGGAGAAAGUUCAAAAAGCGUGGCAGCUCGCACAACCAAAAAAUCUGACGAUCCUUCUAAGUGGAAACCAGGGCAGACGAUGCCGACGGCUGUCCCUUGGUUAUUCUUGGAUGAGUUAGGAGUCUGGGACAAAUCAGAUAAAGGAAAUAAACCCAAGUCCCCUCAAACACCAUCCCAAGCAUCGGUUCAAAAACCAAUCCCAAAGCUAACUUCAAAUAGCAAGUUUACUGAUACAACAUCUAAGCCAACCCCAAAGUCAACCCUUAACGCAACACCCAAGUCAAUGUCAAUUGCAAAAGCAGUGCCCAAGACAACUCACAAGGCAGUGCCCAAGCAAGUUGUCAGUAAUAAAAAAACUCCACCGCAAACCGUUACUGAAUCAAGACCGACCACCAAAACCUCUAAAACCGGCUCUCAACCGAUAUACGAACAAACUAUGCCCACGGCAGUUCCGUGGUUAUUCCUUGACGAAAUGGGAGUAUGGGAUGAUAAAAAUAAAUCACACAAUUCCAAAUCAGCAAACGAAAAUUCUACUUUCAGUGCCAAGCCCGCUAAAACAAAUUCCAGCCACCAAUCUGUUAAUACAAAUACAAGUUUUGGGACCAAAUCCAUUAAUACAAAUUUAAAUACCAAAUCUUUUAAUACAAAUUCUAGAACUAAGUCCAUUAAUUCAAAUUCCAGCACUAAAUCCGAGUCCAGCACCAAAUCUUUUAAUAAUACAAAUGCAACAAAAAACAACUCUACAAUUGUUCACAAGAAUUACUCAACUGUCUCAAAGAAUUCCGUCAAUGUUUCAUCAAAAGCAGUCACUCUGAAGCCGAAAGCUGUACCCGUACCAUCAGCGGCAAUUUCAAUGACAAUUCCAAUGCACUCAAUACAAUCAAAAUCAGAAUCCAAAGGGAUCAAUUCGAGAUACGCUCAACCUAGAUCAUCACUCACUUCUAAAGUAGCAUCAGUUCAGAAAACGGUAAAUUCAAUUAAUAAAGGAGCACCUAUCCCUAAAGCCGGAAUCACAAAAUCAAAUAUAACAAAAGUCGCAACAUCUAAUUAUACAUUAAAUAAGGCGACAUUACCAAAAUCCAACCAAACUAAAUCGGGUUCAUUAAAUUAUAAUAAUAAUGUAUCAAGACCUUCAGAAAAAGUUGGUAAAAAACGAGAGGUUUCACCCGAACCUUUUCGCCCUGCCAAACGCAGGAAUACGGAUCGUAAUAAUUUGGAAGGAUUAGAUCAAAGGCAAAUAUCAUCACUCAUUCAAUCAAUAUUUCCACGAUAUGAGGUUAUAAGAGAAGAAGCAGUCAGUAGUAAAUUGGCUAAAAAAGAAGAUGAUGAACAAGAACGUCUUGAUCAGCGAAGACGUCUUCUUAAAGCAAAAAAGAACAAAUAUACAUUACAAAACAAUAAUUCAUAUUGGAAAUUAGAAUUGAUUAAAAUAUUUCGACAAAAUCAAAAUGUAAAUGAUAAAGAAUUAUUAGUAAAAUCCAAUCAAGAUGCGUUUGAUUUAUUAAGUUUUUUAAAAAGCAAUCGAAGAUAUAAUGAAUUGAUGGCACAAAGCAACAAACUUUAUGGUCUUACUGAAAAACAGCGAAUCGAUAAAGCUGCAAAUCGGGUAGGAUUAAAAACUCCUUCCGAUCAAGAUAUUUUAUUACCUUUUGAAUCAAUUCCCUCAUAG